AUGAAGGAGUUCAAACAAUUUGACUUUGUCUCAGACUAUUCGGAUCAUUACUUUGCCUCUUCAAAUUUGAGCUUGUUUGGCAAGAAGAAAUAUUGCUUCACAAAUGCUAAUAGUAGUGUCCUCAAGAAGAUCAUGCAGGAAUGGAAAAUCCUAGAGAACAAUCUGCCAGAAACUAUCUAUGUUCGAGUCUAUGACGAAAGAAUGGAUUUGCUACGAGCAGUUAUUGUUGGGGCUGCUGGAACACCCUAUCAUGAUGGCCUUUUCUUCUUCGACUUUGCAUUUCUUCCUAGCUACCCCAAUAGCCCUCCAAAUGCACAUUAUCAUGCACAUGGCAUGAGAAUGAAUCCAAAUCUGUAUAGCAGUGGAAAAGUCUGUUUGAGCCUCCUCAACACAUGGAUUAGUGAAAAGGAAGCUGAGUGGAACCCUUGUAGUUCCACAAUUCUCCAGGUUCUAGUAUCACUCCAAGGACUUGUUCUUAAUGAGAAACCCUACUACAAUGAGCCCGGUCUUAGUAACUCUCCUAAUGAAAUGUUAUCAAAGAGUUAUAACAACUAUAUUUUCCUUUUAUCUUGUAGGACAAUGUUGAUCUUAUUGAGAAAACCCCCAAUGAGUUUUGAGGGUUUUGUCCAUAAACAUUUUUGCACUCGUGCAAAGUUUAUAGUACAAGCUUGCAGGGCAUAUAUAAAGGGUUGUGCAAUAGUUGGCUACUAUCAAGAUAAUGGAUCUCAUUCAUCCUCUACUAUUGAAGAUUCAGCAGAAUUUAAGGCACUAAUGGAAGAACUAUAUCCGAACCUUGAAAUCGCCUUGACCAAAAAUACAGCUUCAGUCAUUAAAUCGGCUCUCACUACUGACAUUAAGAAUGCAGCUCUAGGCCUUCACACGACCAUUGAAGAUUCAGCAGAAUUUAAGGCACUAAUAAUGGAAGGACUCUAUCCGAACCUUGAAAUCGCCUUGACUAAUAAUACAGCUUCAGUCACUACAUCAGCUCUCACUACUGACAUGAAGAAUGCAGCUCUAGGCCUUCACACGACCAACAAUGUAGGCUUGCCCCGGUUGCAAAUCUUCUCGAGGGAACUGGAAUCUGAGAGGUGUUGCCAGCAAUUAGCCAUUGAUAAAAGCUGGAAGUUAUCAGACUAUGACACUGUGCAACAGCAAAAAGACAGUAUGCUCUAUGAGGUACUAGACCUCCUGGUCUUCUCCAUCAUGAUCUUGAGGAUUCAGGAGCAUAAUAUACCAGAAAUAAGCGAAGUCACGAUAAGGAUGAUGGGGCUGGACCUAGUGGAGAAGGCUACUAUAAUGAGAAACCACAACCAAAGAGGAUUCAAAGACUCAAAGAUUUAUGACUAA